AUGUCCGAUCGCUCGGGGCCGACUGCCAAGGGGAAGGAUGGAAAAAAGUAUUCCUCGCUCAACCUGUUUGAUACCUACAAGGGCAAGUCCUUAGAGAUCCAGAAACCCGCUGUCGCCCCCCGCCAUGGCCUGCAGAGUCUCGGCAAAGUCGCCAUCGCCCGGCGCAUGCCGCCCCCAGCCAACCUGCCAAGCCUGAAAGCCGAGAACAAAGGCAAUGACCCCAACGUCUCGCUAGUGCCCAAAGACGGAACAGGAUGGGCAAGCAAACAGGAGCAGACCGACCCCAAGAGUUCCGAUGCCUCGACCGCUCAGCCGCCGGAAUCGCAGCCACCGCCGGCUUCGCAGACGCCUGCCUCCAGCCAGCCGAAGCGACCCCCAGCGGGACCCGAGAAUGCCCCUUCGGCUCCAAGCGCGGCAAAGUCUUGGGCGCAGGCCAGCGUCACCCACGGAGCACACGGGGAUGGUGGAAGGGCAUCAAGCCUACUGUCGCGAUUCUCUCGAGAGGAAUUUCCGACCCUGCAGGCGGCUGGCGACCAGGACAAAGCUGCCAAGGAAAGGGAGUCUGCCGAACCGUCGUCUGGGCCCGGACCAAGCCUCCGCCCCCAGAAUGCGACCACCUGGAGGGACGGAGGUGGGCGGGGCCCCGAGGAGCUGGAGGGUCCGGACUCCAGGCUCCACGCAGGGCUCCAGCCUGCCGGCCCACCCCAGUUCCCUCCCUAUCGCGGAAUGAUGCCGCCUUUCAUGUACCCCCCGUACCUACCCUUCCCUCCCCCUUACGGACCGCAGGGGCCUUACCGCUACCCCACGCCUGAUGGGCCCAGCCGCUUCCCCCGCCUGGCGGGGCCCCGGGGUGCGGGCCCCCAGCUGCGCCUGGCCGAGCCCGUCAGCCGCCCGGCCAUCCUCAAGGAGGACAACCUCAAAGAGUUCGAUCAGUUGGACCAGGAGAACGACGAUGGCUGGGCCGGGGCCCACGAGGAGGUCGACUACACCGAGAAGCUCAAGUUCAGCGACGAGGAGGACGGGCGCGACUCUGACGAGGAAGGGGCUGAGGGCCGCAAGGAGCCCCGCCCUGCCGGCGAAGAGCGGCCUCCUGGAUUGGAGGCCGACGGCCAAAAGGGGGGCUCCCCUCCGGCGGAGCCGCCUCCCCCCAAGACCGCCUGGGCCGAGAACUCUCGCCCCCCUGAGGGGGAGCCCGGGCCCCCGCCCCCCAAGCCGCCGCCGCCGCCGCCUCCGCCUCACCGAGGCCCAGCUGGCAACUGGGGACCCCCUGGGGACUAUCCGGACCGUGGGGGACCCCCCUGCAAGCCCCCGGCCCCGGAGGACGAGGACGAGGCCUGGCGGCAGCGGCGCAAACAGUCGUCGUCCGAGAUCUCGCUGGCCGUAGAGCGGGCCCGGCGCCGGCGCGAGGAGGAGGAGCGGCGCAUGCAGGAGGAGCGCCGGGCCGCCUGCGCCGAGAAGCUCAAGCGACUGGACGAGAAGUUUGGGGCCCCCGACAAGCGGCUCAAGGCCGAGGCCCCCGCCGCUGCCGCCGCCCCCCCUGCCCCGGCCGCGGCCCCCGCCACCGUGGCCGCCGUCCCGGCCCCCGCCGUCGUCGCCGCCGCCCCGCUCCCGCCGGGCCCCCCCACCGCUCCGCCUGCACCUGCCCCAUCCCCGGAGAAGGAGCCCCGGGAGCCGGCCGUGACCCCGAUCCCGCCCCUGCCCCCGGCCCCGGCCCCCGCCUCGGCGCCGCCGCCCGGCCCGGCCCCGGCCCCAGCAGGCGGCAACGGCCCCGGCGGCUUUGAUACCGGCCCAGCGGAGCCCCUGCUGCCCACAAAGGAUGGGCCCGAGCCGUCGGAAGAGGCCCCCCAGCCGGCCACUCCCCCAACACCUAAGGUGGAGCCCAAAGUGGAUGGGACGGGGACGGGGCCGGCCCGGCCGCCCCCCAGCCAGGGCCUGGGCUACCCCAAGUACCAGAAGUCGCUGCCUCCGCGCUUCCAGCGGCAGCAGCAGGAGCAGCUCCUGAAACAGCAACAGCAGCAGCAGUGGCAGCAGCAGCAGCAGCAGCAGCAGCAGAGCUCAGCUCCGCCCACCCCGGUGCCGCCCUCGCCCCCUCAGCCCGUGGCCCUGGGCCCCGUGCCGGCCCCGCCGGCCCCGCCCCAGCCGCCCAAGGCCCUGUACCCAGGCUCGCUGGGGCGGCCCCCGCCCAUGCCCCCCCUGAACUUCGACCCCCGCUGGAUGAUGAUCCCGCCCUACAUGGACCCCCGGCUGAUCCAGGGGCGGGCCCCGCUGGACUUCUACCCGCCGGGAGUGCACCCUUCCGGCCUGGUUCCCCGGGAGCGUUCGGACAGCGGGGGGUCCAGCUCGGAGCCCUUCGACCGGCACCCGACGCCCCUCCUGCGGGAGCGGGGCACCCCGCCGGUGGACGCCAAGCUGGCCUGGGCCGGAGACGUGUUCGCCGCCGGGAACGCCGACCCCCGGCCCCUGCCCUCGCCCCUGCGUCAGGCGGCCGACGAAGACGACAAGGGGAUGAGGAGCGAGACGCCCCCGGCUCCACCCCCGCCCCCUUACCUAGCCACCUACCCGGGCUUCCCCGAGAACGGAGCCCCCGGCCCCCCUCUGUCCCGCUUUCCUCUGGAGGAGCCCGCGCCCCCCGGGACGCGCCCGGCACCCUGGGCCCCCGGCGACGAGACUCCGAAGCUGCCGGCUCCCCCCAAGAAGGAGCCCCCAAAAGAGGAGGCCCCCCCCGGCGUCCCGGAAGCCGGGCGCAAGCCGCCCCGCGGGGCCAACGGAGGCCCGCCCCUGCGCCGCGAGAGCCGAACCGAGACCCGCUGGGGCCCGAGGCCCGGGAGCAGCCGCCGCGGCCCCCCCGAAGAGGCCGGGGGCAUGGGGGCCCCUCCGCCCCCGCGCCGGGCCGGACCCAUCAAGAAGCCCCUGGGCCUCCCCAAGGCGGAGGAGUCGCCCGCCAAGGCCCCCGAAGCGGCGGAGGAGACCCCCAGGCCGGACCCCCUCAAGCCACCCAAAGUCAAAGCGGGGAUGGUGGCGGCGGCGGUGGGGAAGGAGCCCCCGUUGGGAGGGGGCGGGCCCCCGGCCCCCAGCCCCCGGCCCCGCCGCGAUUACUCCUCCGAGGGCCCCGGGCCCUGCCGGGGGCGGGGCCGGGGGGAGUACUUCGCUCGGGGCCGCGGCUUCCGGGGCACCUACGGGGGCCGGGGCCGCGGGGGCCGCGGAGGCCGCGAGUUCCGCAGCUCCCGGGAGUUCCGGGCGGAGGACGGGCACGGGGUAGGAGGGCCCGGGCCCCACCCCCUCCCGCCGCGGGGUCGCACGGCCAGCGAGACGCGGAGCGAGGGCUCCGAGUACGAGGAGGUACCCAAGCGGCGCCGCCAGCGGGGCUCCGAGACGGGCAGCGAGACCCACGAGAGCGACUUGGCGCCCUCCGACAAGGAGGUGGCCGUGCCCCCGGCCGCCCCGCCGCCCCUCCCCGCGCACCCCUCGCCGGCCCCCGGAGCCCGCUUCCCGGCCGCCCGGGGAGGGCGCGUCUUCACCCCCCGCGGGGUGCCCUCCCGCCGGGGCCGCGGGGGCGGGCGGCCCCCGGGCAUGGCCGCUUGGAGUCCCCCGGUCAAGGCCCUGGGCCCCAAGAAGCCCCUGGGGGGGCCGCCGCCGCCGCUGCCGCCGCCGAACAAGGAAGCCGUCGUCGUCGUCAUCGGGGCCAAGGAGAAGACCCCGGGCGGCGGCCCCAUCCUGGGCCCGCCGCAGCGGGCCGGCCUAGAGGACGGCGAGCGGCCGCGGCGCAGACGGCACGGCCGGGCCCAGCAGCAGGACAAGCCGCCCCGCUUCCGCAGGCUCAAGCAGGAGCGGGACAACGCGGCCCGCGGGGCGGACGGCCCCCCGCCGCCCCCCGCCCCGGCGCCGGCCCCCGACGAGCCCCCCGACGCGGCCCCGGGCUCCGCCCCCGCCCCGCCGGCCCCGGCCCCGGCCCCGGCCCCGGUCUCCUCGCAGCCCGCCCAGCCGCCCCCGCGCCGGGUGGCGGCCAAGUCCCCGGACCUCUCCAACCAGAACUCGGACCAGGCCAACGAGGAGUGGGAGACGGCCUCGGAGAGCAGCGACUUCGCCGGCGAGCGGCGCGGGGACAAGGAGGCUCCCCCGGCCGCCCUGCUGACCCCCAAGUCCGGCGGCGGGGGGCCGACCGGGGGGCCGGGGCCCCGCCCGGAGCCCAGCCACCGGGCCCGCGACCUGAGCAAGCGCAGCUUCUCCAGCCAGCGGCCCGGCAUGGAGCGGCAGAACCGGCGCCCGGGGCCCACGGGCAAGGCCGGGGGCGGCGCCGGGGGAGGGCCGGGGGGCCGGGCCGGGCCCGGCCGUGGCGACAAGAGGAACUGGCCCUCUCCCAAGAACCGCAGCCGGCCCCCAGAGGAGCAGCCCAUGGGGCUCCCCCUGCCUCCCCCGCCCCCCAGCAGCUCGGCCGUCUUCCGCCUGGACCGGGUCAUCCACAGCGACCCAGCCGGCAUCCAGCAGGCUUUGGCUCAGCUCAGCGGCCGCCAGGCGGCACCGGAGGCGGCGCCCCCGCGCCCCAAGCCGGGCCCCCCCGCCGCGCCCCGGGCCCCGGCCCACUACGAGCUGCCCCGGGCCGGCAGCCAGGGCACCGCCAGUACCGACCCCCAUUUCGUGGAGCCGGGGCCGGCGGCGAGGGGGGUGGACUCCGCCGGGGCUAGCCCCUUCCCCCCCAAACGGCGGGAGCGGGGGACCCCCCGCAAGCCAGAGCUGCUGCCGCCAGAGGAGGCCCUGCCCCCUCCCCACGGCCCCGCGUUCCUGGGUCCCAAGCCGGAGGGGCCGGGGCCCCGGGGGGAGCCUCGGGAUCCAGGCACGGAGACCCUGGCCCCCCACAUCUGGAACCGUCUGCACGGCACAGCCAGCCGCAAGAGCUACCGGCCCGGGGCCGCCGAGCCCUGGAUGGAGCCCCUCACCCCGCUGGAGGACGGGCCCGGCACGGAGAUGAGCCAGUCCGACAGCGGGGUGGACCUGAGCGGCAGCUCCCAGGUAUCUUCGGGGCCCUGCAGCCAGCGCAGCUCUCCCGAUGGGGGCCUCAAGGCGGUGGGGGAGGGAGCCCCCAAAAGGCCGGGGGGCCCCUCCCCCCUGAGCGCCACUUCCGCCGAAGGGCCACCGGGCCCAGAGCCCCCGGACCCCUCUCGCAGACGGCCGCCCGCCCCCCGUGACGGGGAUAAGAAGGAGCCGCCCCCACCCCCCGGCCCCAUCGGCACCGAGCGGGGCCAGCGCGCCGACCGGGGCCAGGAGACCGCCGGGGUCCCCAGGGACCCCCACCGGCCCGGGCCCCCCAUCCAGUUUGGAGCCAGUGAUAAGGACUCGGACCUGCGGCUCUCCCUGGCAGAGGGCGUGAAGCCCGAGGAGGAUCUGACCCCAGCCGGGGGCGAGGGGCCUGCUCCGGGCCCUCGGGACUGGGAGUUGCUCCCUCCCAGGUCCCAGCCGGCAGAGCCGCGGCCCAAAAGCCUGGGCCCCCCGCCCUGCGGGCCCGAGCCCGGACCCUCGCCCGGACCCUCGGGGCCUCGGCUCUACCCCGAGCUCUUCUACGGCGGCGCCGGGCCCCCCGGCUCUCAGGUCCCGGGGGCCGCCGUGGACUCCACGCUACACCCCAACACGGGCGCCUUCCGCCCCAGCACACCUUCGCUGCACCCUUUCAGGUCGCAGCCGCUCUACCUGCCGCCCGGCCCGGCCCCGGGCUCGGCGCUGCUGUCGGGGGUGGCCCUCAAGGGCCAGUUCCUGGAGCUGUCGGCCCUGCAGGCGGCCGAGCUGGGCAAACUGCCUGGCGGGGGCGUCCUCUACCCGCCGCCGUCCUUCCUCUACCCGCCGGCCUUCUGCCCCAGCCCCCUGCCCGACCCCGCCCUGCUGCAGGUUCGUCAGGACCUACCGUCCCCCUCAGACUUCUACUCGGCCCCUCUGCAGCCCGGCGGCCAGAAUGGCUUCCUGCCCCCGGCCGCCCCUGCCCAGCAGAUGCUGCUUCCCGUGGUGGAGUCCCAGCUGCCGGUGGUCAACUUCAGCUCCCUGCCCCCCGCCCCGCCCCCAGCUCCUCCUCCCCCUCCUCCUCCACUGUCCCUGCUGCCCGUGGGCCCCGCCCUCCAGCCCCCCAGCCUGGCGGUCCGCCCUCCGCCCGUGCCCCCGGCCCGGGUGCUGCCGUCUUCCGCCCGGCCUUUCCCCCCCAGCCUGGGGCGGGCAGAGCUGCAUCCGGUGGAGCUGAAGCCAUUCCAGGACUAUCGGAAGAUGGGCACCCUCGGGGGGGCCGGGGCCCGCACCCCCACAGCCGCAAGGCCCUUCUCCGGCCUCGGCUCCAGGCUCAAGGCCCCGCCCAACGGCUACAGCGGCAUCUUUCGCACCCAGCGCUUCGACCUCUACCAGCAGGCCUCCCCGCCGGAUGCCGUGCGCUGGACGCCGAAGCCCUGGGACCGAGCGGGCCCUCCUCCCCGCGACGGGCCCCCACGGAGGCCGGAGGAGACGCAGCCCCGACCGGGGGACAAGGACCCCGGCCUGCCCCCUCCCCGCUGAGGCCACCGCCGCCACCCCCCCCCACCACCACCCAGCCCUCGUCCCUCCCCGGGGGCCUGUACAUAGAUAUAAAUAUAUAAGGGGGGGACGGGACGGGGCAGGAGGGGGGCGGAGGGACCUUUCCCUCCCCUUCCGUGC